AGUCGGUAUUUCGUAGCUGCCAGUUAGCUUGAAAUCUCGGAGUUUGUGUGUCGUUUUAGGCACCAACACCGGCCGAUAUUCAUCUAUUUCUCAGGCUAACAGUUCCCACAGGUCGUCCAGACUGAAGGAGGGUGGGGGGGGGAUUCAUCUUGACGUUUUCCAGACGUUAGUAUCGCGGAUAUUAGUUACAUAAUGUGGCGGUAAGCUGCUGCUAGCUUAACUCCAGCCUGUUUUUACCUGUUAUCUCGUUCGUCUGUGACAAACAUUUGGUCGGCAGGAGUUGUUGUUGUUGUUGUUGUUUUUUUUUAAAUCAGCGAUGGGAAACAACCGAGUCUACAUUAGCAUAGGGUAUGCUACCUUUGGCACCCUGGUUGGACUGUCGGCUUUCCUCGUCUGGAAUAUUGCAUACAAACAGCCAUGGACGGCGGCCAUGGGAGGCCUGUCAGGAGUGUUGGCGCUCUGGGCUCUUGUCACACACAUCAUGUACCUGCAGGACUUCUGGCGCACCUGGCUCAAAGGCCUCAAGUUCUUCAUCUCGGUCGGCGUGUUCUUCUCGGUGUUGGCCGUCGUCGCCUUCAUCACCUUCCUGACUCUCGCCAUCACACAGAAGCAGUCUCCCACUGACCCGAGGAGCCUCUACCUCUCCUGUGUGUGGAGCUUCCUGACUCUCAAAUGGUCUUUUCUUCUGGCCUUAUACUCGUACAGAUACCGCCAGGAGUUCGCCGACAUCAGCAUCCUCAGCGACUUCUAAGUCAGUCUGCGUUUUCAAAGACUGCCGUGGACUUUGAGGGGUUUUAGGCUGCCAGCCGGAGCUGGUCAAAGAGCGUUUGUAACAAAGAGAAGGAAAAAGCAGACAUGGCGAGAUUAAAAAGUCAUCUGACUUUUUAACCACAUGGAGUUGCACUUGUUGCACUUGUUUAACAAGCUCUGUAUUUGUAUUGUAACCUGCUCUCCUACUUUUAAACCCACACAUUAUACUCCUCUGUAAGUAGUCAUAAGUCUAAACCUCUGAGGACUGGAACUGCUUCUGAAUGAAUUGAUCUGGGCUAUUUAUUAAGAGACGCACGCAGGUGGUUUUACAUACGGAUUUGAAUCAUGGGAGUGUUUUAAUCUUAAAACAACUAACAAGGGAGAAGGAAACCCCCGACAUAACAGGCUUUUAAGUUGUUUAAAAUGAAAGUGAAAAUACUCCCUAAACCUGCCAAACCUAAAACGCCGAGGUCGCUCUGCUCAUGUGAGGCUGACGGUGUUUGUCGGAGCGCUUGAAUGUUUGUACCAAUGAGCUUUUCCAUAGUUGCAUCUCUGAACAGUUGCUUUCUUAGUGUCCACUCAGUCAAACCCUUAGUUCCCUUCAGUGUCAGUGAAUGAAUUAGAGAAAUAUUUUUAUUAAUUAUUAUUAUUACUAUUAUUAUUACUUUUAAAUUCACACGCUUUAGUCCUUUUUUUUCUUUUUCACAAGAACUAAAGAAAAGGCAUUCCUGUGGAUUUUGUGCUUUUCAUCUUGUGUCCACCAGGGGGCGACUUGCUUUUUUUUUUUGUUUUGUUUUUUUCCUGUCAAGAGUCCAUUUGAAAAAAUUCUGACAUUCCUGUUAAGUGAGAACAACAAAUGGAUUUAAUAAAUAAUUGCACUUUAGUCUUCGAUAUUGAUGCCAUUGUUUUGCACACAGAUCCUGAUACAAUGGGGGGGGGAAACAAGAAAACAAAAUCACGUUUUACACAUUGUCAUCUCUGUCUCACCCUUUUUAAUGUUGAAAUACACUAUUUAUAUGUAUCACUUCUUUUACAGGUAGUAUGAUUUGUGUAAGUCGGGUUUAAACUAGGCUGUUUGCUUGUGUGUACCUUUUUAUCAUGAAACUUCACAUGUAUUUUCUGUCGAGGAGAGAAUGAAUAUGAGGAUGCUACAUGUAUAUAGAAACUGAACCCAUUAAAGUUACAUUUAUUGUUAAUUA